CGUGAAGCGCAAAAGAAAAAUCCUACUUUGAACACUAGUUAGUGAAAUUACUCCAUUAAAAGUUCCUUGUUUGAAACAGAACUUUUCCUUAGCCCUAGAGGAGAAUACAAUUUCACCUGGAAAUUGACUUAUAUAGUCAAUUUAAAACAAACCAGCUAAUUUGCAAAAUAAUGUGCACAAACGUUGCAAGAGCCACCUUCAAAGAAUCGCCAUUUCCAAAUUGAUUCUUAGCCGCACAGCCGCAUGUGACAUGGUGAAAUGUUCCACAUUAGUUGGCAAAUCCUACCCUAGCUUACAUAAAAUUAUAAUUAAAAAGCCAUUUAAGAAAUCCAAUCAUUACAUAACGCAUACAUCUUCCAACUGCAAGAUACUAUGUGGUUGGACGCCGGCCUAGUCUGUUAGCCAGCCACUUUCGCUCACAUCGAAGAAUGAUUCUUCAGUGGUUGAUAGUACUGCUAGUCAGUGUCUGUAGCUUAGUGGCUCUUAAAUUGCCCAACUACAUCACGCCCUGUUCGAGAUCUGAUCCAAACCACAAUGCGUGCACACUGGCAAGUGCACGGGCUGCUGUGCCCAAAUUUUUAAAAGGAGACCGGAAAAUCGGCCUGCCAUCCCUCCUGCCCCUUAAAUACCCUCAAUCCAGCGUUCUCAAUGGAAACAGCCUGAAGGUGACGCUGAAUAAUCUCACUGUUUACGGAUUGGACAAUAUCGACAUCAAAGAACUACAGUUUGACUAUGAGGCGCGAAAGGUGAAAUUCAAGUCAUUCAACAAGCAGCUGGAUAUUAAAGCCAACUAUACCAUAGAUGGACGGAUUUUGUUUAUUCCCCUGCAAGGAAGUGGACCGUGUAAAUUCGAAUUUAUUAACGGCACUUACGAGUACAACUAUGAGUAUGGCAUCGAGACUAGGAACGGCAAAAAGUACGCGAAAAUCAUUAGCGCCCGAUCGACUUGCAAGUACGACGUGGAAAAGGCCAUUUUCAACUUGCAGAACUUGUUCAAUGGAAACGAAAUGCUUGGCGAGCAAACUAAUCGACUGAUCAACGAAAACUGGAUGCUCUUGAAUGAGGAAUUGAGACCGUCGAUCAACGAUCUUCUGACGGGGGUGCACGAAAUCGUUACCAACGUUUUCUAUCAGAAUAUUCCUUUGGAUGAGCUGAUUUUGCCCUGAAAAUUUGUGUUAUUAGCAUGUAGAAGCUAUUUUUUUAAUAAAAAAAAAUCUUGUAUUUG